UAUAUAAAGGGCUUGUCGACCGGAAAUCUUUGAAUGAUACGAGCUUAUAAAGUCGGUUACGCAUUCAAUCUGAAAAUGUCUUGCAUGAGUUUUCUAAGUCGUGCUGUUCGUUUUCUUUGUUGUGGCUUAGUGCCUUCUACACAGGAAGAGCUUGCGGACCUCAGCUCUGAGCCGAUGCCUGUCAUCGUGACUCGAAGUGAGAUCCAGGAUGAGGAUGAGGAGCCCACUCCUUCCCUGGCCACGGAGUGGAUGACAGAUGAUGAGCCAGUAGAGGUUGUGUCCUUGGUGCAGCCGGUGCCAAGUCGUGUGGGGAUGGUAUUUUCUUUUUCUGAUCCUACAGUUGAGACCUCUUCUCCAGUGGCUGUUGAGGUCCAGCUGCAGGAUGUUGGUCAGGCUGUGGUGGAGAAGACUUGCCCUGCUUUCCUGUCUGUGAGUGAGCCACAGCCCACGGAGUAUGUUCAGCCUAGAACCACAGACCAGCUCUUGAUGGUGCAAGAGCAGCCAGGUCCCGUGUUCGUUGCGGAGUUGCUCCCAACGCUGACCGUUAGUUUCCUUGGCCCAUAUAAGGAACUAGUUGGUGCGGACGAGGAUGGAAACGGGGACUCUGGCAGGUAUGGUGUAGGUGAGACAUUUUCUUCUUCUUAUCCUACGGUUGAGACCUCUUCUCCGGUGGCUGUUGAGGUCGAGUCGCAGGAUGUUGGUCAGGCUGUGGUGGAGGAGACAUGCCCUGUUUUCCUGUCUGUGAGUGAGCCACAGCCCAUAGAGAACGCUCUACCUAGAACCACAGACCAGCUCUUGAUGGUGCAAGAGCAGCCAGGUCCCGUGUUUGUUGCAGAGUUGCUCCCAACAUUGACUUUCAGCUUCCUUGGCCCAUAUAAGGAGCAAGUUGAUGUUAAGGAGCACGGACACAGGGACUCUGGCAGGUAUACAGGUAAAACUGACCUGGAGCAGGAUGAUGGUAAGAGUUGCGUUGGGUAUGAAGGUACAGCUACAGCAGAGGAUGACCAGGUUGUUUGGGAUCGAACCAAUGUCUCGGAGCUGGUUGAUGUAGGAGACGACGGCAGAUUGGACACUACGUACGUGAUAGAAUCGACAAGCGAGGACUCUGUGGAGGAGAGUCUGAACACCACGUACACAUUAGUGUCGUUGGAGGACAGAUUAGAUAGGACGUUCACUGUUGACACUUGGGAGUGUUUGAACAGAACGUUCAUUAAUGAUGAGUAUACUGUGUAUUUCUCAACAGAUGGUGAUGAACCUCCAGUGUUUCCACCAGUUGUUGAUCAGGUCUCUGACUUUGAUGAUUUGCUUAGGUGGUAUCUUAGGGAAUGGAAUGGUGAUGUGCUCAGAAUGUAUCCGUCAAGAACAAGACAAAAAAGGGUUAUGUUAAGAUACUGAUUUACUCUUCAAACUUGGUAUGCCAGAUAUGUAUACUCAGAUCAAAGGUGUCAUAACUUUUUAUUUGAUAUUUCAAGGUUAAUUAGGAACUCUAAUAUACAAAUAUGUUCUACUCUUCCUCCACAAACCUAGACAUGACUAUAUCUAGAUGACCAGGGUAGAAUCACUAACUUGCUAUAAGCCAACUGGAUAUCUUCCUCAUAUAUCUUUAAAGUUCAUCAUCAAAUAUCAUUAUUCUUCCAAUCACAUCCAUUCUCUAAUAUAUUUUACUUUUGAAUUGCUAUUACUGUUAGGAAUAAUCAUCAGAAAUUAAGUACAUUUGUUUCUAUCAUUAAAUUUUUGAAUUUCCAGUAUUAUUUAAAGUUUUGGGGUUUUUGUUGGGUUGAUUCGAUGCCUUUUCCUUUGUUAUUAUCUAUUAAUUGGAUGUAUGCCCCCCACAUGCAUUGUUUAAUAGAUAAUUUCUGACUGUGAGUCACCCUUCAUUAAUCCAUUCUAUUAUUUUUGAACUGCUAGAGCAUUAGGACUAAGUUUCAGAAAUUAAGUACAUUCAUGUUUAUCUUUAAAUUUUUGGUAUGUUUGAAUUAAUUUUUAUAGGCAAGACUCAGAAAUUAAUAAGUACGUUUGUUUCUAUCAUUAAAUUUUUGAAUUUCCAGUAUUAUUUAAAUUUUUUUGUUUUUUUGUUGGGUUGAUUCGAUGCCUUUUCCUUUGUUAUUAUCUAUUAAUUGGAUGUAUGCCCCCACAUGCAUUGUUUAAUAGAUAAUUUUUGACUGUGAGUCACCCUUCAUUAAUCCAUUUUUUAUUUUUGAACUGCUAGAGCAUUAGGACUAAGUUUCAGAAAUUAAUUAAGUACAUUCAUGUUUAUCUUUAAAUUUUUGGUAUGUUUGAAUUAAUAAUUUUUAUAGGCAAGACUCAGAAAUUAGUAAGUACAUUUGUUUCUAUCAUUAAAUUUUUGAAUUUCCAGUAUUAUUUUAAAUUUUUUGGGUUUUUUGUUGGGUUGAUUCGAUGCCUUUUCCUUUGUUAUUAUCUAUUAAUUGGAUGUAUGCCCCCACAUGCAUUGUUUAAUAGAUAAUUUCUGACUGUGAGUCACCCUUCAUUAAUCCAUUCUAUUAUUUUUGAACUGCUAGAGCAUUAGGACUAAGUUUCAGAAAUUAAGUACAUUCAUGUUUAUCUUUAAAUUUUUGGUAUGUUUGAAUUAAUUUUUAUAGGCAAGACUCAGAAAUUAAUAAGAACAUUUGUUUCUAUCAUUAAAUUUUUGAAUUUCCAGUAUUUAAAUUUUUUGGGUUUUUGUUGGGUUGAUUCGAUGCCUUUUCCUUUGUUAUUAUCUAUAAAUUGGAUGUAUGCCCCCACAUGCAUUGUUUAAUAGAUAAUUUCUGACUGUGAGUCACCCUUCAUUAAUCCAUUCUAUUAUUUUUGAACUGCUAGAGCAUUAGGACUAAGUUUCAGAAAUUAAUUAAGUACAUUCAUGUUUAUCUUUAAAUUUUUGGUAUGUUUGAAUUAAUUUUUAUAGGCAAGACUCAGAAAUUAAUAAGAACAUUUGUUUCUAUCAUUAAAUUUUUGAAUUUCCAGUAUUUAAAUUUUUUGGGUUUUUGUUGGGUUGAUUCGAUGCCUUUUCCUUUGUUAUUAUCUAUUAAUUGGAUGUAUGCCCCCACAUGCAUUGUUUAAUAGAUAAUUUCUGACUGUGAGUCACCCUUCGUUAAUCCAUUCUAUUAUUUUUGAACUGCUAGAGCAUUAGGACUAAGUUUCAGAAAUUAAUUAAGUACAUUCAUGUUUAUCUUUAAAUUUUUGGUAUGUUUGAAUGAAUAAUUUUUAUAGGUAUAUCUAGCAAUAAGUAAGAAAAACCUGGGUCUACUAGGUAUAUACGUUCUGGACAUAAAAAUUGACAGGUCUCCUACAUUACACUGACUUUGGGCUACUAGACUGUAAUUUCCAAACCAAAAAAGAUAACUACAUGUAUUGUUGUUUAUGAAUAUAUAUGCAUAGGUUUCUUAAAUAUAUGUAAGUUUGUUUGAUUUCAGCAACAUUUUUAAUCCCCCGCCACUAAACUAUUUAAAGGAUAACAGUGUCGGGGGAUUAAGCUGUCUUUCAGACUGCCUUGUCCUGUGUAGCCAUGCAGAGAACCUACCAUGUGCUGGGAUCAAAUAUGUGACCGAAGCCAGGCAGAGAAACUACCGCUUUGGCUGGGAUGAAUCUACCAUUUGUGCUGGGAUGGAACCUGUGACCGUAGCCCAGCAGAGAACCUACCGCUUCGGCAGGGAUCGAAUCUACCACUUGUGCUGGGAUGGAACCUGUGGCCAUAGCCCGGCAGAGAACCUACCGCUUGGGCAGGGAUCGAAUCUACCACUUACGCUGGGAUCAAACCUGUGACCGUAGCCCGGCCGAGAGCCUACCGCUCCAGGGCAGGGAUCGAACCUACCACUUUUGCUGGGAUCGAACCUGUGACUGUAGCCCGGCAGAGAGCCUACCGCUUGGUCAGGGAACGAACCUACCAUCGCACCUGUGACCAUAGCCCAAAAGAGAGCCUACCACUUUGGCUGGGAUCGAACCUGUGACCGUAGCCCGGCAGAAAACCAGCCACUUGGGCUGGGAUCGAACCUACCACUUGCGCUGGGAUCGAACAAACCUACCAUUUGGGCAAGGAUCGAACCUACCACUUGCGCUGGGAUCAAACCUGUGACCGUAGCCCAGCAGAGAGCCUACCACUUUGGCAGGAAUCAAAACUACCACUUGUGCUGGGAUCAAACCUGUGACUAGCCUGACAGAGAGUCUGCCACUUCGGCAGGGAUCGAACCUACCACUUGCGCUGGGAUUGAACCUACCACAUUUUGCUGGGAUCGAACCUGUGACCGUAUCCUGGCAGAGAGCUUACCACUUGGCCUGAGAUCAAACCAAUGGGAUCGAACCUGUGACCGUAGCCCGGCAGAGAGCCUACCACUUGGGCUGGGAUCGAACCUACCGCUUUUCGCUGGGAUCGAACCUGUGACCGUAGCCCGGCAGAGAGCCUACCACUUGGCCUGGGAUCGAACCUACCACUUUCCGCUGGGAUCGAACCUGUGACCGUAGCCCGGCAGAGAGCCUACCACUUGGCCCGGGACCGAACCUACCACUUUCCACUGGGAUCGAACCUGUGACCGUAGCCCGGCAGAGAGCCUACCACUUGGCCCGGGACCGAACCUACCACUUUUCGCUGGGAUCGAACCUGUGACCGUAGCCCGGCAGAGAGCCUACCACUUGGCCUGGGACCGAACCUACCACUUUUCGCUGGGAUCGAACCUGUGACGGUAGCCCGGCAGAGAGCCUACCACUUGGCCUGGGACCGAACCUACCACUUUUCGCUGGGAUCGAACCUGUGACCGUAGCCCGGCAGAGAGGCCUACCACUUUGGCAGGGAUCGAACCUACCACUUUGCGCUGGGAUUGAACCUACCACAUUUUGCUGGGAUCGAACCUGUGACCGUAUCCUGGCAGAGAGCCUACCACUUGGCCUGAGAUCGAACUGAUGGGAUUGAACCUGUGAC